GGUUAACUUCCUGUUUAUGGAUAUAAUUUUACCAACUUCAAUUUGUUUCCAUGUCUUAGUACAAUGAUCGAAAUUCAAUUUCUCACACAGAAGCAUAUUUGGUGAAAGAUAGAUUGGUAUUAGUACUAAAAUGGGAGAGAAAAUUUUUGGUGUUGUUUACUCCGCUGAUCAAUGCAGUGAAGGUCUCGAUAAAAUGCCUAGUAGAGACUUUAGGGAAAUUACUUCACAUGAAGUGUGUUAGCUUAAGGGUUUAGUUCUUUUUUUCUUGAUGAGAAUUCCCUUUGAAGACAGAGCAAGUUGAUUGAUGGAGUGAUGAUGCAACCAUACAAAGCAUUUGAGUGGGUCUUGAUGCUGAAAAGCGAUUAAGUUACCAUUCUUUCUUGUAUUUGCACUGUUGCCAAGAACCCCUACUGAUGAUGAUAUGAGUGGGUUAGAUAUCACUGCAUCCAAAGUUGUUGAGUCAAAGAUACACUGGUGACGCGGUAGUCUUUUGUUUUGAUAAGCAUGUUGCUCUUUCAUCUCUCAAAGGCUAUCUCUUCCGGCUGAAACGAGUUCAAGCAUCAGUGUGAAUGAGCUGGAGAAUCCAAUAGGCCAAUGAUACGACUGAGUCAUCGCUUGAAGAACAUGAAAAAAAAUACCAGAAACAGUCCUCUUUCCUUUCUAAAGCUCACGAAGAAGCUUAACAUUCAUGAAAAUCAUGCAGCAGCUUCUUCAAUUUGGUGAUUGUGAGGGAGUAUUUUAUGGCUGGAGGAGUUGUGUCGUUUGGAGUUGAGAAGCUUUGGGAUCUCCUGAGCCGAGAAUCUGAGCGAUUGCAGGGAAUUGAUGAGCAAGUUGAUGGACUAAAGCUGCAGCUGAGAAGGUUACAAUCGUUGUUGAAAGAUGCAGAUGCCAAGAAACAUGUAAGUGAAAGGGUGAGAAACUUCUUAGAAGAUGUCACAGACAUGGUUUAUGAUGCUGAGGAUAUAAUUGAAUCCUUUCUUCUGAACAAACUUAGAGGAAAGGAAAAAGGGAUCAAGAAGCAAGCGAGAAGACUUGUUUGCUUCUUGAUGGAUCGCCACAAAGUUGCUUCAGAUAUCAAAGGCAUCACUAAGAGGAUCUCUGAGGUGAUUGGGGAAAUGCAGAGUUUUGGAAUUCAACAAAUCAUUGAUCAUGGUGGUCGUUCGCUGUCUUUUCAGGACAGACAAAGGGAGCAGAGGGAGAUCCGGCAAACGUUUCCUAACAGUUCUGAAAGCGAUCUUGUCGGGGUGGAGCAGAGCGUUGAAGAAUUGGUUGGUCAUUUGGUGGACAAUGAUAAGGUUCAAGUGGUUUCUGUAUCUGGGAUGGGCGGUAUUGGUAAAACCACUCUGGCCAGACAAGUCUUUCAUCAUGACUUUGUCCGACGUCAUUUUGAUGGAUUUGCAUGGGUCUGCGUUUCACAACAGUUUACGCAGAAGCAUGUCUGGCAGAGGAUCUUUCAAGAACUUCGGCCACACGAUGGUGAUAUUUUACAGAUGGACGAAUAUACAAUCCAGGGUAAACUCUUUCAAUUGUUGGAGACAACUAGAUAUUUGGUUGUCCUUGAUGAUGUAUGGAAAGAAGAAGACUGGGAUCGAGUAAAAGCUGUGUUUCCUCAUAAAAGAGGUUGGAAGAUGCUACUUACUUCUCGGAAUGAAGGUGUUGGGUUACAUGUUGAUCCAACAUGUUUAGCUUUUAAAGUAAGAACCCUUAAUCCCAAAGAAAGUUGGAAGCUCUGUGAGAGGAUAGUAUUCUCUACGAAAGAUGAAACUGAAUUAAGGCUUGAUGAAGAAAUGGAAGCUAUGGGAAAGGAAAUGGUCACAUAUUGUGGGGGACUACCAUUAGCUGUUAAAGUUUUGGGAGGCUUGUUAGCUAAUAAACAUACAGCUCGUGAGUGGAAAAGAGUUUAUGACAAUAUCGGAGCUCAAAUCGUAGGAAAAUCGUGCUUAGGUGACAACAGUCUCAGUUCGGUUUACCGAAUAUUAUCUUUGAGUUAUGAAGAUUUGCCAACACGUUUAAAGCAUUGCUUCCUUUACCUAGCCCAUUUUCCUGAAGAUUACAAGAUACGUAUGUGGUUGUUGUUUAAUUACUGGGCUGCAGAAGGAAUAUUAACAUCCUUUUUCGAUGGAUCAACCAUUCGAGAUAGUGGAGAAGACUACCUAAAAGAGCUACUAAGGAGAAAUUUGCUUAUAGCUGACACAAACUACUUGAGGUGGAGAUUUGAAACUUGUCAAAUGCAUGACAUGAUGAGAGAAGUAUGUUUAUCUAAAGCCAAAGAAGAGAACUUCCUACUAAUUGUCAAAGUCUCUACUUCCACCUCUACCAUUAAUGCUCAGUCUCCUAGUAAAUCUCGCAGGCUGACCGUACAUAGUGGUAACGCCCUUCAUAUACUGGGACACAAAAUCAAUAGAAAAGUCAGAUCGCUUUUACUUUUGGGACUCGAGGAAGAUUGGAAACAGUCAGCCCCGGGCUUCCAGAGUUUACCAUUGCUCAGGGUGUUGGAUCUUUCUUGGGUAAAGUUUGAAGGAGGGAAGUUACCUUCUAGCAUUGGAGGGCUCAUCCACUUGAGGUUCUUGAGCUUAUAUGAAGCUGGGGUAUCUCAUUUACCUUCUACUAUGCGUAAUUUAAAGCUUCUUCUCUACUUGAACUUAGGUGUUUAUGCAGGGGUACCGGUUCAUAUACCAAAUGUUUUUAAAGAGAUGCUAGAGUUAAGGUACCUUUCCCUACCUGUGCUUUUGCAUGAUAAAACCGAGUUGGAACUAGGUGAUCUAGUAAACCUGGAGCACUUGUCAUCUUUCCCAACACAACAUAGUAGCGUGACAGACCUCCUCCGUAUGACCAAGCUCAGGUCUCUCGCUGUAACUUUGAGCAAAAACUGUACUUUCGAAAAUCUAUCGUCAUCUCUCCUUAAAUUGCGAAGCCUCGAGACGCUUGAUUUCCUUACUUCGCCCAAUGCCAGUGUGGACUUUAUUCAUCAAGUGGGAGAGUUCGUUCUAGAUUUUUUUCAUCUAAAGGAGUUAGGAUUGCAUGUACAUAUGUCAAAGAUUCCUGAUCAACAUCGAUUCCCUCCCCACCUUGAACACAUAUAUCUACAUGAUUGCCGCAUGGAGGAGGAUCCAAUGCCGAUUCUAGAAAAGUUGCUUCGUUUGAAGUCGGUUGAAUUAAGACAUCAGGCUUUCGUUGGGAGGAAAAUGGUGUGCUCAAAAGGUGGUUUCCCUCAGUUAUGUGCUCUAGAUAUAUCGGAAGAAGAGGAGUUGGAAGUGUGGACAGUAGAAGAAUUCUCCAUGCCAUGUCUUCGUACUUUGACUAUGCAUGAUUGCAAAAAGUUGCAGGCACUUCCUGAUGGACUCAAGUACAUAACUUCGUUAAAGGAACUGACGGUUGAAGGAAUGAAGAGGGAGUGGAAGAAGAAACUGAUACCAGGUGGAGAAGAUUACCACAAAGUCCAGCACGUUCCUAGUGUUCAAUUUAUCAACUGUGGCGACGUAUAAUGAGAAUAACCACUAGCAGGUAGAAAUAAAUGGUUUAAUGUUCACUUUGUUGGCUUUGCAUCUUAUUUGGAUUCGUGUGAAAGUCGUGUGGACAGGUCUCAAUUGUUAUACAUUGUUCGUGAUUUUCACGGUUAGCUUUUGAAAGCUUUAUUUGCAUCA